CGAAAAGUGGCUCCGCAAGCUGGACGACUACGAAGCAAGGCGACGAGACUGCAACGGAGCGCAUCAGGUAAAGCAGCAAGAACUGAUAUCUGCUUUGGAAAAUAUGGAUCGAACUUACGAGGUCGCACGAGACGAGAGAAGAAAGAGGCGAAUGGAGCUUGAAGGGCAGAUGGAAAUCAUGGAAGAGACGAUUCGCUGUCUGGACGAUGAGAAACGGAAGAGAGAGACGGAGGUGGAUUCGUGCACAGAAGAGCUCCGAAGGAUGGGGCGAUUAGAUAGAUAUGUGCUCAAGCGUUCCCUAGCCGCCCAGCUUGAGGAGCGAAAGAGCCAAGCAGUGGGGGAAAUACAGCGGAUUGAAGAAAGGAUAUCGCGAAGGAGAAGCGAAUUGCGGAAGCUCGAAGCUAACAGAAGGGAGUACUUCUCUUGGCGGAAAGAGCAGAGAGACCGUCUCUCGGAACAGAAGGAAACCUACAAGAGUAAGGCAUUAGCUGAUACCGAUUCUCUCAUGGCGAAAAUCGAUAAAGAAGAAGAGGCCUUCAGGUCCGGCGAGCGGCGGGAAAUAUUGAAAAGUGAGCACGACGUUCUGGCUGUAGAACUCAAGCUGAUCAAGGAUGAGCGCGAACGAGAAGACGCCGAAAGGAAGCAGUUGCAGAAUGAUAUACGCGACUGCAAAGCGGAGCUUGUACAGGCAAAGAAUCGCGUUGCAGAGUUGCAAAGGGAGCACGAAGAAGUCUCCAAUGUCCUGCAAAUGUGUCGACUGGCGGAGCGAAAAAGUGAGAAUGCGGAGGAAUUUGGGGACAGUGAUUUGUGCUUUUCCACUUACGCAAGGUUUAAGAAGCUUCUCGCUGCAGUCAGUCCUGCUUGUGAGUGUUUCGGGACCCAGGUACCGGAGCCGCGUACUUGUCAGGAGCUGAGUAAUCCCAACCUUCUCAG